GUUUAGCUGGCUGUCAAAGCAGAGCAUGCAGCAUCUGGCGCAUACACAGACCAUGGAAGGCAAAGGGUUGGUGGCUGAGCUGCAGCGGGCGGCCACUUGCCCAGCCUGCCGGGGACACUUCAAAGACCCAGUUAUCCUGGACUGUGACCACAGCUACUGCAGAGCCUGUAUCACUCGCUAUUGGGAUGAAGCCACUGCAUCUGGGAGAGUGAUAUCUUGUCCUCAGUGCAAGAAGGUUUUCGAGAGGAAGAACCUCCGGACCAACGUCAAGCUGGCCGUGGAGGUCAAGAUCACGCAGCACCUCAAUGCCAAGACAGCAGAGGUGCCCCUUGCACCGAAGCUCAGGAGGCGACGUGGAUGGUGGACCCCGGCUGCCAGCCUUCAGAAGGAAAAGGAAGGCAUCAGAGAAGUUUGCAGAUGCUAGUGUGAUGCCAGCUGCCUCUGCUACGCUUUCUCAUGUUGACAUCCCGGAAACUCAGCCUAGUCCCCCUCUCAAUGGUCCCUGGUUU